AUUUUCACCUCAGCAGUUGACUUUUUUCUGCACGUGCAAUACCAAUUUGUUAAAACACUAAAAAUUGUUCUAUUUUUUAUUAAUUGUUUUCAUAAAAAAGGGUUUGUAUAAUAACCUUAACAUGGCGCCAGCACCACCGGGCAGUGAACCACCAAAAUCAUGGAAAAAAAUAAAUGAGGAGCGAAAAGCUCUGAAAAAGCAACGCAAGCAAGAGAAAUUGCUUAAAGAUUUGGAGAAAAAUGCAAAAUCUGAAUUGGAUGCAGCAGAACCUGCGGAAAAGCCUAAGUUGCAACCUUCAACUAUUAGCAUUGCCGUCCCCGGUUCCAUACUCGAGAAUGCACAAUCGGCUGAGCUGCGUUCAUACGUAGCCGGUCAGAUAGCGCGCGCAGCGUGUAUUUUCCGCGUGCAUGAAGUGAUUGUGUUCGACGAUGUAGGCGUGGCUACGGCACGGGAAACACAGCGCAACUAUGAUGCAGACGAUGCCGAAGAUGCAACAAAUGGUGACGGCUCAACAGCAGUAACAGUGCGGAAAAGUUGCCUGCAAUUGGCACGUAUUCUACAAUACUUGGAGUGUCCACAGUAUCUCCGCAAGUUCUUUUUCCCUCUACAUAAAGAUCUACAAUACUCCGGUCUAUUGAAUCCAUUGGAUACGCCACAUCAUUUGCGACAACAGAAUGUUUUCCUCUAUCGCGAAGGUAUUAUUUGUGAUAAAAAAGCAAAAGACGGAUUUUCCUAUGUCAAUGCUGGUUUACUGAAUGAUGUGCUGGUUAAUAAGGCAAUCGAAGCGGGUGUACGGGUAACAGUCAAACUGGACAACGUGCGAGAUAACAGCAAAAAACUGCGCGGCACUGUAGUUAGUCCAGAUGAACCGCGUCGCGAAACUGGCAUCUACUGGGGCUACACAGUGCGCAUUGCACAUUCAUUGGCAGAAAUAUUUACUAAAUCACCUUAUUCUGGCGGCUAUGACCUAACUGUUGGCACAUCAGAUCGCGGUACCAAUGUGCAUGAGGUGCCGAAUCGUUCAUACAAAUUCAACCAUCUUCUUCUUGUAUUUGGUGGGCUCAAGGGCCUCGAAGCUGCGCUGGCAAAUGAUGACAAACUAAAUGUAGAUGAUCCAGCGCUACUUUUUGAUCAUUAUGUGAAUGUGUUGCCACGUCAAGGAUCGCGCACAAUACGCACAGAAGAGGCAUUGUUAAUUGCAUUGGCAGCGUUGCAGGAAAAAUUGCUGCCCAACGUGCCGGAAGUAGAGGAAAAACUUGACGAAUAUGAACUGCCGCGCAGUGAUUACACAGGCAUACGACCCGAUGUAAUGAAAAGCAAUAAAAAUAGUAAAAAACGUCAAUUUUCGGAUAAUGCUGGCGAACACGAGCAUGCUGAAGUUGCAUCUCAGCAGGAACAGACAAAGUUUGAAGAGAAAAUGUCACCGAAAAAGGCGAAAAAGAGUAAACAUAAUGGAUCUUUGACUGCCACGGAAAUUGAAGUAAAACCAAAGUCGAAAAUAAUGAAGCAAUUCAAUAAGGGCUUAAACAUGGAUGGAAAUGAUGACGACUUUGAAGUGGUGCCAGCUAAUGAUAGCAAAUCAACGGUAGCGUCGAAAGAUUUGGGUGAUUUGAGUCGCUUUGAUUAGUUGAUCAUUUUAAAAUGAUGUUAAGUUAGUAUAGUGGCUAUAAAAUUAUAAUCUUUUCUAUAAUAUGUAUGUUAUAUGUACAUAUAUAAACUACUGCAUUUUUUU